UUCCAACGAGAGAGAGAGGGAGAGAGCGAGAGAAAGACAAGAUAGAGUACGAGGUGUCAGACACUACACCACACCGUAAGUCACUGAAGAAAGAUCCUCAUUCUGGAAAGACGCUCGACUGUCUGGAAAGGUUGGCAUCGCCCGCUAGAAGACUGCGCCCGGAGCCUCAGCGCUUCUCAAAGCACAACGAAUCACCGCUGCUCUUCCCAAAAAAAAAAUAAGACUGUGCCACACGGAAUUGGCCCCAGGACACAUUUCCCUGCGAAAUGUCAAGAGGAGAGAACCUAAUCAUAAACACUGGUGUCCCUGGCCACCCUUGAAUGCAAAGAAGCAGGACCUCUACACUCCUCCAAAAAUAAAGGCAUGCUCAGAAAGUAAAUAAAGCAUCGCCACCUGAAGCAUUAAGCUAACGACAGACAUUUUAAUAAGCUAACGGACUAUAUUCGGCUCUGUAGUGUCACGUAAACUUUUCCAAACAUUUUCUAAGCGCGGACACUUCAGAGAUGGAGGUUGCGGCCGAUCAGUCUCGAUGGAUGGCCCACCAUCAUGCGGUACUCAAUGGCCAGCACCCUGAGUCACAUCAUCACGGGCUUACACACAAUUACAUGGAGCCCAUGGCCCCGCUUCUGCCCCCGGACGAGGUGGAUGUGUUCUUGAAUCACUUGGACUCGCAGGGGAACCCUUACUACUCCAACUCUCGGGCCAGAGUAUCGUACGGACAAGCGCACGCUCGUCUCACGGGAAGUCAGGUCUGUCGGCCACACCUCAUACACAGUCCCGGUAUUCCCUGGCUGGACAGCGGGAAGGCAGCGCUCUCCGCCGCCCACCACAACGCCUGGGCGGUCAGUCACUUCAGCAAGCCCGGCCUGCACCCCGCCAGCGCCGCUUAUCCGUGCAGCAGCAGCUCCAGCACGGCUCCAGUUUCCUCCCUAACUUCAGCAGCCCACUCCAGUCCGCAUCCCCUUUAUAAUUUCCCCCCAACCCCACCGAAAGACGUAUCCCCAGACCCCGGUCCUUCUUCUCCGACAUCCACAUCUGCAAGAAUGGACGAAAAGGAGUCCAUCAAGUACCAAGUGUCCAUCACAGAUGGCAUGAAAAUGGAGGGAUGUAGCCCUCUUCGGGGAAGCCUGGCUAUGAGUGCCCAGACACCCUCCACACAUCAUCCCAUCCCGACCUACCCAACCUACUCCCUGCCCGCGCCACACGACUACGGCGGCGGCCUGUUUCAUCCCGGUACCCUCCUCAGCGGAUCCGCUUCCAGCUUCACACCUAAAUGUAAAAGCAAGACGCGAUCGUGCUCAGAGGGGCGUGAAUGUGUGAACUGUGGAGCCACCUCCACCCCGCUGUGGCGGCGGGAUGGAACGGGCCACUACCUCUGCAACGCGUGCGGCCUGUACCACAAGAUGAACGGCCAGAACAGACCCCUUAUCAAGCCGAAGCGCAGACUGUCUGCGGCGAGGCGAGCUGGCACCUGCUGCGCGAACUGCCAGACAACCACGACCACCCUGUGGCGGCGCAACGGGAACGGUGACCCGGUGUGCAACGCCUGCGGGCUCUACUACAAACUCCACAACGUCAACAGGCCACUGACCAUGAAGAAGGAGGGCAUCCAAACACGCAACCGCAAAAUGUCCAGCAAGUCCAAGAGGAGUAAACGAUCUGGUGAGGGUUUCGAGGAGCUCUCCAAGUGCAUGCAGGACAAGACCUCUCCGUUUGGCAGUGCCAGUGCCCUGGCAAGCCACAUGCCACACAUGGGCCACCUGACACCGUUCAGCCAUUCCGGACACAUGCUGCCCACACCGACCCCCAUUCACCCCUCAUUCAGCCACCCGCACCAUUCCGGCCGCUCUCCUGCCUGGGCCGAACCACACUGAACAACACAGCAUCCCCUCCUCAGGGGCACAGAAUAAGCUCCUCCGUAUACCCACAAUGUCCACCUCUCCCGUCCCGUCAAGAAAUCUCCCAACCAGGGAAGCAAAGGGGUUCAUGUCGGGUUUGGACACUGCCAAGGAAGGUGUCAUCUCAUCAACAACCAACUUGUCAACUUGUAUAGAGGACGGUUCACUCCUUUAAAAAGCACCUCUCCCUUGUAGACGAUGAGUGGACGAGAUCGCGGACAGAGCACAGGGAAAGAGAGAUGCCUUUGCUUUUAGCCUUUUGUUACAUUUUACUGAGUCACUUUGGUACUGAAAGAGAGGACGCAGAAUCACUGUGUGGUAGUCAAAAUGGCCACCUCAAAACUCUCUGAUAAAAGACUCGCUUUAAGCAUCAGCGUACAUGAUGAAGUCGAAGCGAGAGAGACUGAAAGAGAGAAGAAGACCAUUAAGUUUAUCCCCCCCUAACAUGCUGGAAUACACCCCAAGCCCCCCUCCUCGGGCAUGACUCCCUCUGAACGGACUCUAUAUGGAUACGACAUACAAGCAGAGAAGUGUUUAUAAAGGUUAAUUGUUAUUAUGGUUAUUGUUAUUAUGAUAAUUUAUUUUCACUCUUUUAUCUCUUAUUUGGCUUUCCCUCGGAACACAUUGUUAUAUUAUAAAUAUUAUUUGAUUGUUAUUGAUUAAACAAACAAACAAAAAAAGAACACUGACCUAUCCUAGCCAAGGCGAUGUUGCUGAGCUGUACGUUUUUAUCAUUUUCCAUUACACAAAUAAAGGAAAUAAAAGUUUUAAUACUU